AUGGAACGGGUUCACCAUUUUAGUGAUGGGGAUCCUAUCUUCCGCCAUUUGGAAGCGGUAAGGUCUCUAAUACCCGUGAUUCUCGACAACCCGGUAGACAUCAGGAACAACAACAAGUUAGUCAAAGGAAAAUAUAUUGUUCCCUUAAAAGCACCGGAAUUUAUGCCUGACUACGCUCGAGAGCAUCUGCAAAUGAACAGCUUAGCAAGCGAAGGUGUAGCACUGAACUCACGCACCGCUCAAAGUGGAGUUACUCCACCGGAGAUGGAAUACCUAGCUGAAGAAGCGGCACCGCGAUAUCGACGAUCCUGA